CGGAGCACAACGCUGCAAUCAAAGAUGGCAUAUUUUCAACCAGCAUUUGGUUUAUUUAGAAAAAAAAUUGUAGAAAAAUAAGUGACAUCUUGCAAGAAGAAUAGGCGGAGAGCGGGGUGGUAGCUGUCGCGAGCAGUGUUAGCACUCUCGUUACGCUACGCACUUCUUGCUCUCUGUGCGCUAACGUUAACUUGACCUACUGUGCAAGCUAGCUAGCAUACAUAGUAAAUAUUAGCUAGUCAAGCUAUCUCGCUCAUUAUAUAUCGAUAAAAUGGCCACCAUGGAGAAACUGAUGAAGGCCUUUGAGUCUCUGAAGACAUUCCAGCAACAGCAGGGGCCACCAACAGCAGAGGAGCUUGUCCAGAGACAAAAAAAAGAGCAAGCUGCGACAAAAAAGGACAGGGUGACCCAUUGCCUGACAAUAUGUGAAAACAUUGUGGCUCAGUCAUUAAGAACAUCUCCUGAGUUCCAGAAGCUGCUGGGCAUCGCUAUGGAGAUGUUUCUUCUCUGCAGUGAUGACAGUGAAUCAGACGUCCGGAUGGUGGCUGAUGAGUGCCUAAACAAAAUCAUCAAAGCUCUGAUGGACUCAAACCUACCUAGACUGCAGCUGGAGCUGUACAAAGAAAUUAAAAAGAACGGUGCCUCUCGGAGUCUGAGGGCAGCUUUGUGGAGGUUUGCUGAGCUUGCCCACCUCAUCCGACCACAGAAAUGCAGACCUUAUCUGGUCAACCUGCUGCCGUGCCUCACCAGAAUCACCAAGCGGCAGGAGGAGACAGUGCAGGAGACUCUGGCUGCAGCCAUUCCCAAGAUAAUGGCAGCCUUGGGACACUUUGCUAAUGAUGGCGAAGUCAAGGUGCUGCUGAAGUCAUUUGUUGCCAACUUGAAGUCCAGCUCCCCCACCAUUAGACGGACAGCAGCCAGCUGUGCCGUCAGUGUGUGCCAACACUCCAGACGCACCAGCUACUUCUAUACCUGGCUUCUUAAUGUGCUGCUGGGUCUGUUGGUUCCAGUAGAUGAGGAACACCCCAGCCAUCUAAUUUUGGGGGUGCUGUUAACGCUUCGUUACCUGAUGCCUCUGCUGCAGCAGCAAGUCAACACCACCAGCCUCAAAGGAAGCUUUGGGGUCAUGAAAAAGGAGUCUGAUGUACAGCCAUCACCUGAGCAGCUACUGCAGGUGUAUGAGCUAACCCUACACUACACACAGCACUGGGAUCACAAUGUGGUGACAGCUGCCCUGGAACUCUUGCAGCAGACGUUCAGAACUCCUCCACCAGAGCUUCUGCAUAUACUCAUCACGGCCGGCAGUAUUCCACAUGCCACUGUGUUUCGUCAGGACACCCAGAGCCGUGCGCGCUCUGGCAGCAUUCUUGAGCUCAUUGCAGGGGGAGGGUCUUCAUGCAGUCCACUUCUUCUCAGGAAACAGAGAGGUAAAAUGCUUUCUGGGGAGGAAGAUGGGUUGGAAGAUGACCCUGAGAGGAGCGAGGUUGCUACUGGAGCCUUCACAGAUGGAUCCUCUGCUGCCCAGGUGGACAUCAUCACUGAGCAGCCACGCUCCUCACAGCAUACUCUGCAGCCCGGUGACUCUGUGGACCUCAGCGUCUCUUCCGAGCAGGGUGGUGGAGGAGGGACAUCUGCAUCCGGCACCCCAGAAUCGCCCAAUGAAAACGAAGAGGAAAUGCUAAGUCGGAGCUCCAGUGGUGGAGCCAACAUUACCCCAGAGACGGCUGACUACACCACGCCAGAGAAUGCUACUCCAGAAGGAGGGCCUCUUGAAGAAGCUGGGGCACUCCUGGGCAGCAAUGAUCGCUCACUUCCACCCAGCGACUCCUCCCAGACGACCACAGAGGGACCGGACUCAGCUGUGACUCCUUCAGACGUAGCAGAACUGGUCCUUGAUGGCAGUGAAAGUCAGUACUCUGGGAUGCAGAUUGGAACACUACAGGAUGAAGAAGAUGAAGGAACCGUUUCUUCCUCCCAAGAAGAGCCUUCAGAGCCAUUCCUGCAAUCAGCUCUUGCUCUUAGCAAGCCUCAUCUGUUCGAAGGCAGAGGGCACAACCGGCAGGGUUCAGACAGCAGCGUGGAUCGCUUCAUACCAAAGGAUGAACCUGCUGAACCCGAACCUGAUAAUAAGCCAUCACGAAUUAAGGGUCCGAUUGGACACUACACAGACCAGGGAUCAGAACCACUAGUGCACUGUGUACGACUUCUUGCUGCUUCCUUUCUGCUGACCGGACAAAAAAAUGGUUUGAUCCCCGACAAAGAAGUGCGAGUGAGUGUAAAGGCCUUGGCAGUCAGUUGUAUUGGAGCAGCAGCAGCGUUGCAUCCUGAGGCCUUCUUUAAUUCCCUCUAUCUGGAGCCGCUGGACGGCAUUCCAAUUGAAGAGCAGCAGUAUAUUAGUGAUGUCCUGGGCCUUAUUGACCAUGGGGACCCCCAGAUCAGAGGGGCCACGGCCAUUCUCUGUGGAGCCAUUAUACAGGCUGCACUCACCAAAACACGUUACAACAUACACUCCUGGCUGGCCAGUGUGCAGAGUGCAACAGGCAACCCUCUGUCCCUGGUGGACCUGGUGCCUUUACUCCAGAAAACUCUAGGAGAUGAAUCCUCUGUCACCUGCAAGAUGGCUUGCUCUGCAGUGAGGCAUUGCAUCAUGACAGUGUGCAGCAGUACCCUGAGUGAGCUUGGCCUGCAGCUUGUUAUUGACCUUUUUGCUCUGAGGGAUUCUUCAUACUGGCUUGUUCGCACAGAGCUCUUGGAAACCGUGUCUGAAUUAGACUUUAGAUUAGUCAACUUCUUAGAGAGACAAACUGAAACUUUACACAAAGGAAGUCAUCACUACACUGGGCAACUGCAGCUGCAAGAAAGAGUCCUGAAUGAUGUGGUCCUACAUCUGCUGGGAGAUGACGAUCCAAGAGUACGGCACGUUGCUGCCUCUGCUGUUAGCAGACUGGUUCCAAAAUUAUUCUAUGACUGUGACCAAGGUCAAGUGGACCCAGUGGUGGCAAUAGCCCGGGACCAGAGUUCUGUUUAUCUACAGCUGCUCAUGCAUGAGACACAACCCCCGUCACAGUUCACAGUCAGCACAAUCACCAGGACAUACCGAGGCUACAACCUGUCUAACGCUGUGUCUGAUGUCACAUUGGAAAACAACUUGUCCAGAGUUGUUACUGCAGUCUCCCACGCUUUUACAUCAUCUACCUCCAAAGCACUGACUUUUGGCUGCUGUGAGGCCUUGUGCCUCUUGGCUUCAAAUUUUCCAAUUAGCACUUGGAGCACAGGCUGGCACUGUGGUUAUGUUAGCUCUAGUAGCAGUUUUUCUUCCCGUUCUAGUCUUAACCGAACCAGAGGCAGGACCCUCAGUUUGUCACAGACCGGCAAUGCUCCAGCUUCUUCAACCACCUCUUCAUUUACACCAGACCCUGAACGGAGGACUUUGACAGUAGGAACGGCCAACAUGGUGCUCUCCUUGCUGUCCUCCGCCUGGUUUCCACUGGACCUCUCUGCACAUCAAGAUGCACUUUUGCUCUCUGGCAACCUGCUUGCUGCUGUUGCUCCUAAAUGUUUGCGCAACCCUUGGGCCGGAGAAGAGGAAGGUAGCAGUGGGAAUACAAGUGGAGGCCCGAAUAAAGUAGAGGAACCCUGGGCAGCACUGUCGGAACGCUCCCUGGUGGGCAUGAUGGAACAACUGUUCUCCCAUCUGUUGAAGAUCCUCAACAUUUGUGCCCAUGUGCUGGAUGACACACCACCAGGACCAGCAGUUAAGGCUGCUCUUCCCUCUCUGAGCAACACCCCUUCCCUGAGUCCUAUUCGCAGGAAAGGCAAGGAGAAGGAGCCCACUGAGCCCAGUGCUGCACCCAUGAGCCCAAAGAAAAGCAGUGAGGUCAACACAGGCAGACCAGUAGAGAGCACAGGGUCGACGACAGUAAACAAAUCAACCACCCUUGGAAGCUUCUAUCACCUGCCUCCCUACCUCAAGCUCUAUGAUGUGCUCAAAGCUACACAUGCUAACUACAAGGUGACAUUAGAUCUCCACAAUAGUCAGGAGAAAUUUGGCGGUUUCCUGCGUGCUUCUUUAGAUGUUCUGUCUCAGCUGCUGGAGUUGGCCACACUACAUGACAUUGGAAAGUGUGUAGAGGAAAUUCUAGGUUACCUGAAGUCCUGCUUUUCUCGAGAACCAACAAUGGCUACUGUUUGUGUGCAGCAGUUGUUGAAGACCCUGUUUGGAACCAACCUCGCCUCUCAAUAUGAAGGCACCCUGAGUGGACCCAGCCGUUUGCAAGGGAAAACUCUCCGUCUUGGCUCUUCCAACCUGCGGCCAGGUCUCUAUCAUUACUGCUUCAUGGCUCCGUAUACGCACUUCACCCAGGCUCUUGCUGAUGCUAGUCUCCGUAACAUGGUCCAGGCUGAACAGGAGCAGGAUACCUCUGGAUGGUUUGAUGUGAUGCAAAAAGCAUCCAUUCAGCUGAGGUCCAACAUUGCAAAUGCUACACGUCACAGAGGAGACAAGAAUGCCAUUCACAACCACAUCCGACUGUUUGAGCCGCUGGUGAUUAAAGCGUUGAAGCAGUACACCACCAGCACCUCUGUGGCCCUGCAGAGACAAGUGCUAGACCUGCUUGCCCAGCUUGUACAGCUCAGAGUCAACUACUGUCUGCUGGACUCAGAUCAGGUUUUCAUAGGCUUUGUACUAAAACAGUUUGAAUACAUUGAAGUGGGGCAGUUCAGAGAUUCUGAGGCCAUCAUUCCCAACAUCUUUUUCUUCCUGGUGCUGCUGUCUUAUGAGCGCUACCACUCUAAGCAGAUCAUCAGUAUUCCCAAGAUCAUCCAGCUGUGUGAUGGCAUCAUGGCAAGUGGCAGGAAGGCUGUCACACAUGCCAUCCCAGCCUUGCAGCCAAUUGUUCAUGACCUAUUUCUCUUAAGGGGCUCAAACAAAGCAGAUGCAGGCAAAGAGCUGGAUACACAAAAAGAAGUGGUGGUCUCCAUGCUGCUCAGACUUGUACAGUACCAUCAGGUGCUGGAGAUGUUCAUCUUAGUGCUGCAGCAAUGUCACAAAGAGAAUGAGGACAAGUGGAAGAGAUUAUCCAGACAGAUUGCUGAUGUCAUUCUUCCUAUGAUUGCCAAGCAGCAGAUGCUUCUGGACUCUCCAGAGGCAUUGGGGGUGUUGAACACGCUCUUUGAGACUGUGGCACCCUCUUCUCUCAGACCUGUAGACAUGCUUCUCAAGAGUAUGUUUACCAUCCCAGCCACAAUGGCAUCUGUCGCCAGAGUCCAGCUGUGGGUGUCUGGUAUCCUGGCAGUGCUUAGGGUAUUAGUCUCCCAGUCCACUGAGGACAUCGUCCUGUCUCGAGUCCAUGAGCUGUCGUUCUCCCCACAUCUCCUGUCCUGCCACACAAUCCACCGCCUGCAUCAGCAGAGCCCCUCCACCAAUGACCCACCUGCAGCUGACACUAUUUGUAACGAGGAAGAAAAUGGCGAGGCACAAAAGGUUUUACCAGAGGAAACCUUUGCCAGGUUUGUUCUACAGCUGGUAGGCGUGUUGCUUGAUGACAUUUCCAGCAGGCAUGUUAAAGUGGACAUUACUGAGCAGCAGCACACCUUUUACUGCCAGCAACUGGGCACGCUGCUCAUGUGUCUCAUACAUGUCUUCAAAAGUGGAAUGUUUCGCAGGAUCACAGCUGCAGCCAGCCGACUCCUGAAGGGUGAGAAUGGUGCUGGACAGACCGGUACUGACGCCAGUUUCUACUCCCUAGAGGGACUGAAUAGCAUGGUGCAGUGCCUCGUCACCACCCACCCAUCCCUGGUACUUCUCUGGUGUCAAGUCCUCCUUAUUAUCAACUACACCAACUACUCUUGGUGGGCCGAGGUUCAUCAGACACCCAGAGGACACAGUCUCUCCUCCACAAAGCUGCUAAGUCCUCAUUCCUCAGGGGAAGGCGAAGAAGACAAGCCUGAGUCUCGGUUAGCAAUGGUCAACAGAGAGAUCGUACGCAGGGGAGCCUUAAUCCUCUUCUGUGACUAUGUGUGUCAGAACCUCCAUGACUCGGAACAUCUGACAUGGCUCAUUGUCAACCAUGUUCGUGACCUCAUCAGCCUUUCCCAUGAGCCCCCAGUGCAGGAUUUUAUCAGCGCUGUCCACCGCAACUCAGCUGCUAGCGGCCUCUUCAUUCAAGCCAUCCAGUCCCGCUGCGACAAUCUCACAACUCCCACAAUGCUAAAGAAAACUUUACAGUGUUUGGAAGGCAUCCACCUCAGUCAGUCUGGGUCUCUGCUGAUGCUUUAUGUGGACAAGCUGAUCAACACACCCUUCAGGGUUUUGGCUCGCAUGGUGGACACGCUGGCGUGUCGCAGAGUCGAGAUGUUGCUGGCUGAGACACUACAGAAUAGUAUAGCACAACUGCCUUUGGAGGAACUAGAGAGGAUUCAAGAAUACCUCCAGACCAGUGGCCUGGCUCAAAGGCAUCAGCGGUUCUACUCCCUGCUGGACAGGUUCAGAGCCACUGUCGCAGACACCAGUAGCCCAACCCCUCCAGUUACAUCACACCCCUUAGAUGGGGAUCCACCCCCUGCCCCUGAACUGGUUAUUGCAGAUAAGGAAUGGUAUGUGGCUCUGGUCAAGUCUCAGUGCUGUCUUCGUGGUGAUGUUUCCUUAUUGGAGACAACAGAACUUCUCACUAAACUACCUCCUGCUGACCUCUUCAGUGUUAUGAGCUGCAAGGAUUUCAACUUAAGCCUGUUGUGUCCAUGCCUCAGCAUGGGAGUGCAGAGGUUAGCACGGGGUCAGGGGUCUCUUUUGUUGGAAACAACCCUGCAGGUGACCCUUGAGCAACUGGCAGGGAUCACUGGGUCCCUUCCUGACCCACACCAAUCUUUCCUGCCACCUCCCCAACCCCAGCCCUACUGGGACCAGCUGGGUGUAGUGUAUAAUGCACCUGGUUUCUACCCCAAGGUUUUGUCACUCUGCAGAGCUCUGUCUCAAUAUUUGCUAAGUGUGUGCCAGCUUCCUUCAUCUUUACAUAUUCCCCCUGACAAGGAGCACCUCAUCACCACUUUUACCUGCACUGCCACUGAGGUUGUGGUGUGGCGCCUGCUCCAGGACCAUUUGCCUCUGAGUGUGGACCUUCAGUGGGCUCUGUCCUGUCUGUGUCUGGCACUGCAGCAGCCCUGCGUUUGGAACAAGCUCUCCACUCCUGAGUAUACCACACACACUUGCUCCCUCAUUUACUGCCUACGCCUCAUUAUUCUGGCAGUUGCUGUGAGUCCUGGUGACCGGCUCCUGCACCCAGAGAAGAAAAAGGCAAAAGGAGAAAGAGAUGCUGAUGAAGACCAAGUGGACUCAGGACAUGUCAACAACAUGUGUGAAUGGCAAGCAUGUGAGAUCAUGGCAGAAUUAGUGGAAGGUUUGCAGAGCGUCAUUUCCUUGGGUCACCCAAGAAACAGGGCAUUUCCUGCUUUUCUCACACCAACAUUGCGCAACAUUAUCAUCAGUCUGUCACGACUGCCUCUGGUCAACAGCUACACCCGAGUACCUCCACUGGUUUGGAAACUGGGCUGGUCCCCUCAGCCAGGAGGAGAGUAUGGUACAACGCUGCCUGAGAUCCCUGUGGACUUUCUGCAGGAAAAGGAUGUCUUCAGGGAGUUUCUGUACCGAAUCAAUACACUCGGUUGGAGUAGCAGAACUCAGUUUGAAGAGACCUGGGCCACUCUGCUUGGGGUGCUGGUCACCCAGCCCAUAACUAUGGACCAGGAGGAGGAGACACAACAAGAGGAGGAUUUGGAGCGUACUCAGUUAAAUGUGCUGGCAGUUCAGGCCAUCACCAGCCUGGUGCUGAGUGCCAUGACCCUGCCCACUGCUGGAAACCCUGCAGUCAGCUGUCUGGAACAGCAGCCCCGCAACAAGAGUCUCAAAGCUUUGGAAACACGGUUUGGAAGGAAACUGGCAGUGAUUAGGGGCGAGGUCGAGAGAGAGAUUCAGGCUCUUGUGUCAAAGAGGGACAAUGUUAAUACGCAUCAUCCAUACCAUGCCUGGGACCCUGUGCCCUCACUGUCAGCGGCCUCUGCAGCAGGUACGCUGAUCAGCCAUGAGAAACUGCUACUUCAGAUUAAUACAGAGAGGGAGUUGGGAAACAUGGAUUACAAACUGGGGCAGGUUUCGAUCCAUUCAGUGUGGUUGGGUAACAACAUCACACCUUUAAGGGAGGAAGAAUGGGGUGAGGAUGAAGAAGAUGAGGCAGAGACACCAGCACCAGCCUCCCCACCUUUAUCUCCAAUAAACUCAAGGAAGCACCGUGCUGGUGUGGAUAUACAUUCAUGUUCCCAGUUUCUCUUGGAGCUCUACAGCCAAUGGCUGAUCCCUGGCUCUCUAAGUAACAGGAGGACCCCGACUAUCCUCAUCAGUGAAGUCGUCCGAUCGCUGCUGGCAGUGUCGGACCUGUUCACAGAGAGGAACCAGUUUGAUAUGAUGUUCUCCACCCUAAUGGAACUACAGAAGCUUCACCCACCAGAGGAUGAGAUCCUGAAUCAGUACCUGGUGCCUGCUAUUUGUAAGGCUGCUGCUGUGUUGGGCAUGGACAAAGUAAUAGCUGAGCCUGUGUGUCGUCUGUUGGAGACAACUCUGCGCAGCACCCACCUGCCCAGCCGGAUGGGUGCCCUGCAUGGAGUAUUGUAUGUGUUGGAGUGUGACCUACUGGAUGACACUGCCAAACAGCUCAUCCCUACAGUGUCAGAGUACCUUCUGUCAAACCUCCGGGCUAUUGCUCAUUGUGUGAACCUGCAUAACCAGCAGCAUGUGUUGGUGAUGUGUGCAGUAGCCUUCUAUAUGAUGGAGAACUACCCUCUGGAUGUAGGACCAGAGUUUAUGGCUGGAGUAAUACAGUUAUGUGGUGUGAUGGUGUCAGCCAGCGAGGACUCCACUCCCUCCAUCAUCUAUCACUGUGUGUUGCGUGGACUGGAGCGUCUCCUGCUGUCAGAGCAGUUGUCACGUGUAGAUGGAGAAUCGCUGGUCAAACUGAGCGUGGACCGAGUCAAUAUGCCAUCACCCCACAGAGCCAUGGCUGCCCUGGGCCUUAUGCUCACCUGCAUGUACACUGCGGUGCUUGCGUCGGGUUCAGACGCGACAGGGGUUAGAGGUCAGGUUGACUCUGGCUCUGCUGUAGCGGAGGCGGUGGGCGUCACGGCGGGUCAUGUUGGUUUCUCCUCAGGAAAAGAGAAGGCCAGCCCUGCCAGCCGUCCUGCCCACCCUGACCCACAGGCCCCUGACAGCGAGUCAAUCAUUGUUGCCAUGGAGAGGGUCUCUGUGCUGUUUGACAGGAUUAGGAAAGGUUUACCCAGUGAGGCUCGGGUUGUGUCGAGGAUUCUGCCCCAGUUUCUGGAUGACUUCUUUCCACCACAGGAUGUCAUGAAUAAAGUCAUUGGAGAGUUCCUGUCCAAUCAGCAGCCUUAUCCACAAUUCAUGGCCACUGUUGUCUACAAGGUUUUUCAGACACUUCAUGCCACAGGCCAGUCUUCCAUGGUACGAGACUGGGUGCUGCUGUCUUUGUCCAACUUCACUCAGAGGACACCGGUGGCCAUGGCCAUGUGGAGCCUUUCUUGUUUCUUUGUCUCUGCUUCCACCUCCCAGUGGAUUUCAGCUCUCCUGCCGCAUGUGAUCAGCCGCAUGGGCUCCUGUGAGGUUGUGGACGUCAACCUGUUCUGCCUGGUAGCCUUGGAUUUCUAUCGACACCAGAUUGAUGAGGAGCUGGAUCGCAGGGCUUUCCAGUCGGUCUUCGAGACUGUGGCAUCGCCAGGUAGCCCUUAUUUCCAGCUGCUGGGCUGUCUGCAGUCAAUCCACCAGGACACGUCACUAUAAAGGCAAUGCACUGAGAUGGGUACAGAGCGGGGCCAGGGGCUGAAGUAUGGGAAGCAAAGUCAGCUAGGUUGUACAUCUCUCCAAAAAGUUGUGAUGGAAGGAAAAAGAAUGUUUAUUGAUGAAACUACUGUAGCUGCAUCCCUUUCCCCCCUUUUCACAGAUGUGGAAUAAGUAGAGCUACUGAACCCACCGUAAUGAAUUCAGUGAAGUAAGCAAAAGAAUGUAUGAGGGAAAUCUAGAUUCAGAUCUCCGUCAUUCAUUUUUUUAAAUCUGUUAAAUGUAGAAGGUGCCGUCUCUGAAUAGGAAGAAUGAGUGCAUCUCUGUGGAAGAUACUGACUGUAAAACUGGAUCUGCUUGCAAUCUUUGUGGACUUUUCCUUGACAUGCCAUGGCACCUUUUCAUUAAAAAGAAGAGAGAAAAAAAGAUUAUGUCAGACAAAUACGAAUUUGUUUAUUUUCCUGUGAAGACUUGCUCCAGUAUUGUGAUGUCAGUAAAGUAAUAGAGAAAAAAAGUAUUUACUUUAUUUAAAGGGUCAAUGCAUCUAUUUUCCAGUGAGUUUUCUUAAAGAGUGCUUAAUGUUUGCUUAAGAUGCUGACAAUAGGCUGACACGAAAGGGUCAGAAAUGCCGGCUUAAUGUUGUCAAUAAUUCGUAUAUAUUUAAGUUUCAUGUGGUCGUUCAGACACACCAUAGUUAAAAAGCUAAAUAUUUUAUGUGUAUGAAUGAUCAACAAUGGCCAUAGUAUAUAUUUUUUCUUUUUAGAAGAAACGGGGGUUUGUGUUGCAGAAAGUGCAACUUUUUUCAGCAAGUCAACUAUUCUGGAUGUAAAAAAUUGAGAAGGCGAAAAUGCAAAGAAAAAUAAUUUUCUGCCACGUUUCCAAAUUUAUACUUGAUGUUAACUGUUAAAGAGCCCGUAUGUGCACCUAAAUAAUAACAGUGGAAGCUGUUGAGUAACAAAUACCAAAAUUGAAGUGAUGUUGCGUUUCUUUGUUUUUUACUCUGUAGCAGGGGGAAAAGCAUUUUCUCUGAUUUUAUGAAUUUGCUUAUAUAUGUCUAGCUUUUUUUUUUCUUUCAGUCUUUUUACGCUCCUUGACGCACCUGAAUGAUUCCACCUGUCUAUUUCUUGUACCUUUUAAUUCUCAGGACACAAUAUGUGACUAUUAUUGUUGUAAUAAAGGCUGAAAGUAAUUUACAGUCUUACCGUUAAAUGGAGCUACCGUCGUAUAUUGAACAAAAAUAGGAAAAAAAAGUACACCAAUAUGAAAGCCAUGGUGCAUGAUCAAAAAAGGUGGGUGUAAAGAAGUAAAAAAAAAAUAGAUGAUGAAAUAAUCUUGACACAAACACAAAAGAAAAUGAAAAAUCAGUGAAUGCAGAAAGCUUGAAGCUUUUAGUGUUUGAUGAAAGACUGAGUUGCCUAGGAGUGUGUGCUGGGCUCCGUUGCUCUGUGUACACUUGCCUUAGUUAAAAUUGACCAUGUAUGUCCUGUACACUGAAAGCUUAAACGCAUGCUUAGCAUUACUCCUAUUUUCUUGCAUUGUGUUUAAUACUGUAUUUCCAUGGUUAUUGUUGCCAUGACUGUUGUGUGGAAGAGAAGCAACGCAAUCCAAAGGGAGCCUUGUGACCUUAGCGACCGACAGCAGCUUUGACAAAUCAACAGAGGAGGAGGAAGUGUAGCAAUGCCACGUCGCAGCAGGAGUUUUUUUUUGGUUUAUGUUGAACUUUAAAUAUUGCUUUGUCUCUGUUUAAAGAUAAAUAUUACAUCACUGUCUUUGUGUAGACUAUUAAAUACAUGCAGCACUUAAAAACUUGAAGUUCUUUUCAUGUUAAUGUUAGGCGCUUUCUUGAUAUGCAGUGAGUCUUGCACUUCAUGUAAUAUCACAGUGGUUUGUAUACUUAUGUCACCACUUUCCAAACUUAACUGCAAUCAUCCGUUUCCUUUUGAUUGUUAAAAAUGAUGUAUUCACACAAUAAAGGAGUCCUCUGCAGCCGUCAUGUAAAUUCCAGUAAGACUUCGGUGAAACGGAUUAAAGGAACCCUGAGUCCUGUUUCCAGAGUCGUUUUCAGUGUGUCUUGCUGUGGGAAAAGAUAUACGAGACAGCAAAAAUAUAUAUGUUUAAGAAAACAAUUCAAAGCACGAUGCAAGAUAAAUUCCUCAACUACCUUGUCCUUGGCAUAAGAAGAGCGAAGAACCCCUGCAGGGAGGGAUAAUGCGAUUACCCAGAAAUCUUUUGUUGGUUUUGUUAGAUGGGCUAACAGCUUGUGGAAAAAAAGUUCCUGGUGAUUUAACACUUCAGUUUAAGACUUGAUUGUGCUUUUGGGCUAAUGAAAAAGCUGAGAGUUGAACCUUUCUCUGCUGAAAUCCUGAACAUGUACCAUAGUUUAACAUAUCUUUUUGAUGAGCAUGUUGUCAACUUGUUUUAAAAAUAACUCUUUCCAAAAUACACAGGUGAAUAGUUUACAUUUUCAAUGGUCAUCUCUGGAGUUGGUAGAAGCAAAUGAAAUUAUGUCCUUGACAUUUUCUUCAGACUGGAUCUUCAACACCAUCCCUUUUUCUUUUUUUUUUUUUUUUACAGUUGCCUGUAAACUAUGAAAGAGAUUGUUCAUUUCACUAUUUAAAAGACAUUAAUCACUGCAUAUGGUCUGUAGAAAUAAAUUAUUUAAAGGU